AUGUCGGCCACGAGCGAUUGCCGCGAAAUUGUCGUUGUAGGCGGUGGCAUCAUUGGAUGCUGCACGGCAUAUUUCCUUACGAGACACCUUUCUUACGACCCAGCCCAUCAUAAAGUAACGCUUCUCGAGGCCUCCGACAUUGCAGGCGGGGCAUCGGGCAAAGCGGGCGGACUCCUCGCGCAAUGGGCUUAUCCAAGCAACAUCGUGGAUCUCAGCUUCAAGCUUCAUGCACAACUCGCAAAGGAACAUGACGGGAAGAACAGAUGGGGCUAUCGGGAGACCAAUUGCGGUCAGCUCGUUGUCAAAGGCCGCGCUAUGAGCGAGAAGAGUCAAAAGAAAGAAGAAGGCGAGUCUCUGCAGAAGCGCAGCACAGCCGCUGUCUCCAAGCUCAAAUCGGCCAAGAUCCCAGAGGAUCUUGAUUGGAUUGAGCCAGACCUUCUGCGCGCCUACGAGAGCAUGAGUGGGCCUGGGGAAACCGCUCAGGUGCACCCAUACCUGUUUACUACCUCCAUGGCAAAACUGGCGGAAGAAAAGGGCGCAGAGAUUAUCCUGGGACAGGUCACAGAUAUCUCUCGUCCAGGCGAUAUUGUUGAGUCCGUUACAUAUACCGACAAGGCGUCGGGGGAGUCGCGCACUAUCCCUGCCACCGAUGUGAUUGUCGCUGCUGGCCCAUGGACUCGUUCUGUCCUUCCAGAGGCCCCUAUUGCGGCAAUGCGUGCCCACAGCGUUGUCAUUGAACCAGCAAGACCCGUCAGCGCGUAUGCUCUGUUUACAAACAUUGAGAUCCCAGCCAACUUUAACCCCGCAAAGAAAUCACGACCCACGGUGGCCGCACCAGAGAUCUAUACUCGUCCCGACGACACCGUCUAUGCCUGUGGCGACGGAGACAAGACUGUACCAUUGCCGAGUACAUCCGCAGAUGUUGAGGUAGACCCUGAGCGCUGCCAGGAGAUUAUUGAUCAGGUUGGUAGCAUCUCGGAUGCACUGCGCGAUGGCAAGAUUCGCACAAGGCAGGCCUGCUAUUUGCCCAAUUGCGAAAACGGUGGCGGUCCCUUGAUCGGCUUGACCCAUACCAAGGGCCUUUAUCUCGCUGCUGGUCAUACCUGCUGGGGUAUUCAGAAUGGUCCUGGCACUGGAAAGCUCAUGAGUGAAUUUGUGUUUGACGGCCAGGCCAAGAGCGCGAAGAUUGGAUCUUUGGAUCCUCGCGAUCAGCUUUGA